AUGUCCAUAGGAGUGGUAGCUGUCCGUACAUGCGUGCGAGUGAGGCCUCUACUCCCAGCUGAACUCGGAGCCGGAUGCUUGCCCUGUGUGGAAGUGGUUACUGGAACUGGGGACGGCGAAAAUGAGGUGGGUACCCAGCUGGCGGUUCGGCAGCCCUGCAUGGAUGGGACCUACCCCCCGGAAUUGAUACGAUUCCAUUCUUGUCUUGGACCGGAUACGACACAGAAAGAGGUGUUCGAGAGGUGUGGAGUCCGUGAUAUGCUGCAUGCAGUACUAGAGGGCUUCAAGGCGGCUGUAAUGGCCUAUGGUCAGACUGGUAGUGGGAAGACGUACACCAUGAUAGGCGAUCCCUCGAGUGGUGAUAUGGGAGGGCUUAUACACCACUGUGCCAGGGAUCUCUUCCGGCUGAUCAAAGAGCUUGGUCGUGAUGUAACAGUCCGUGCCUCUUUCCUGGAGUUGUAUAAUGAGAGGCUCAAUGAUCUUCUUGUAUCCCCUAUUGGUGGCAAUAAGGAUAACCGAUCAGCAUCGCAUCGCCAUCCAAACCAGCUCCGUGUUCGAUGUACUGAGCGGAACUCUUUCUAUGUGUCGGGCCUGCGGAAAGUAGAAUGUGAGAGUGCUACAGACAUUGUGAAACUCUUAGCUGAUGGGACGGCGAAUAGGCAGGUGUAUGGUCAUGAAGUGAACAGAUACAGCUCGAGAUCGCAUUGUAUAUUUUCAAUAUUCUUGUCUAACGGUGGGAAGCUCACUUUUGCCGAUCUUGCUGGAUCAGAGAGGCUCAAAGAGUCACGAACAGAGACUCAGCAUAGAAAGGAAACGCAAUCGAUUAAUAAGAGCCUCCUCGCGCUGGGGAAGGUCAUCAACACUCUGGCUCAACAAGCACAGUCUGGAAUUCAUGUACCGUAUAGGGACAGCAAACUAACACAAAUAUUGGCGGACUCCCUUGGUGGCAGGGGUCUUGCGAUGAUCAUAUGUACAGUGAGCCCGGCCCAGAAGAACCACGCAGAGACGGUGCACGUGCUCCAAUAUGCACUGAAGGCGAUGAGUAUAUCAAAUGUACCAUUGCGGUUGAUGUAUGGAUUGAGAGCGGCGAAUACUCCUGCGGAUGCGGAGCUCAACUCGGAAAGACAGAAGACUCUCGACCUCAUGCGAGCCGAGGUGGCGAGGCUGCGAGCUGAAAAUCGUGGUUUCCAAUCGAAGAAUCGUGCUUUGGAGCGAAUGCUUGGAAAGAUGACUGCCAACAGGUGGUGGGCCCUUGGUAUCUCCAGCAUCGUAUUCGUCGUCGGCCCAAGCACCAUCAUGUGGCAAGUAUAG